GCACUAAUCAGCUGACAGCGAGGCUUUCAGCCUCUGACAACAUGAGGUUCCGGUUCUGUGGUGACUUAGAUUGUCCUGAUUGGGUUUUGGCUGAAAUCAGUACCUUAUCCAGAAUAUCCUCAGUUAAGCUGAAGCUGAUCUGUGCCCAGGUACUGAAGAAACAACUUGGAGAGAAGAUUGAUUAUGAGAAAAUUGUCAAACUGACAUCAGAUGCUCGCUUUGAAUCAGGAGACAUCAAGGCAACAGUUGCUGUUCUGUGCUUCAUUCUUUCAAAUGCGGCUAAGCAUAAUGUGAGCAGUGACAAUCUGUCAAGUGAGUUGCAGCAGCUGGGACUGCCCAGAGAACAUGCUGCCUCUCUAUGUCGAUCGUAUGAAGAGAAGCAGAAUGCACUGCAGGAUACACUUAGGGAAAGCAGCCUGCGCUUGCUACGCAUGUCCUCACUUAACUGGCGUGUAGAUCAGAUUCUUAGUUCCAGUAUUGUGAAGCAAGUGAAUGAACCACUUGUUCAGCUUAACCUGCCUUUGUCAGAUGGAGGGUCCAUCCAGCCUCUUACCAUGACUGUUUCUGCCUCCAAACUCCAAGUCCUUAUAACAGAACUCAAGCAGGCUCUUGAGAUGAUGAAUGCCCUGAAUUAAGAUCUGACCAGUGGCACAGCCAACAUUGUGGGUUGCAAUCAACAGCUGAAGAAAAAGCUGCAGUGAGAAAGACAUCAACAGAUGUAUUUUUACUGGACAAAGCAAAAUUUAUAGAGAAGCAUUACGAAACAAGCUCAGUACAAGGUGAACUGUAACAGACCCUGCUGUUAUGCCUUCCUUUUUAAAGGGACAUUGUUCCUGCCAGUCGGGUCUUUUCCAUUUAGAAAAUACUUUGUUCCGGAGGUAUUCGUUGUUAAAACAAAGCAGCAUUCUGCCUUUUGUUGAAAACUUUCCCCAACAGAGGUCAUUGUUUCAUUAGUCUUUGUAUGAGGUUACAUGGUCAAUGCAGCGAUUGCUGCUCCCACUGAUGUAUAUAGACUUAUAGACCACACUAAAAAGAGUGCUUCAGAGGCUGAAUUAUGGCAGUGCAAUAUGUCUAAUUACUGGUAUAAUUACAAUCAUAAACUGUUUUUCUUAAUGUCUGAUUUCUACACCCAUAGAAAUGGGUGUCCGCAGGACAUUUUUCAGUCGGGUGAGUAAAGUCAUUAACCAAAAGCAACCUGUGUGCCGAGAUUAAGCCUGUAUUCAGUAACUACGGGUUAAGUUGCUGCCAGGUCUGAGAGAGAAUUUGUAUAAAAAAUAUACAUUUUUGGCAAUACAUGAUUUCUGUAAGUAUAGUGUGUAAAUAACAGAAAAGCAUUGCGCUAUACAGAACGCAAAACAAUAAAUUUCAUAAAGUGUCCAUCCUUAUGCCACACCCCUGUUAGUCACAGGGGAAGGGGGUUCAAUACCCAUAUUAAGUCCUUGGGAAAGAAUCUGAUUUAUGGCUCCAGAGCUUAAUGUUAGCUCUGUGGCUGUACCUAAAAAUUCCAGCAACACUGCAUUUAAAGUUUUUUUUAUAUAUGACUGAAGAAGAACAAUUUGUUUCCAUUUACAGGGAAGUAUGUUCAAUACAUUUCACUGCAAUUACAGAGGAAAA